UCGCAUUAGUGCAGACACAAAGUCCUUAUCCGUUGAAAGCAAAGUUCGGUUUGAAAGAAAAGACCUACGAAAGGAAUACUGGUCUUUUCCGGGCAUUUCUCUUUUUCCCAAGGGAGGAUUUUCAUUUUUUGUUUCGAUUUAGUAAUUGAAGAAGGAUUUUAUCGGCAAAAUUGGUGAGAGAUGAAUAUGAGGAUCGUACCUUUACUCUUUGCGUUGCUUGUUUCAUUGUUGUACGUGGAUGCAAGGCACGUAUUCUCGGAUUCAGGAAAAUUAGCUGAUAUUGGUGUGAACUCUGUCCAAAUCCAGCCUGUAGUCCAGUCUUCCGAAAGGUUAUCACCGGAGUUUAUCUGUCUUUCAUGCUUGGAAGUAUCAAAAGAAAUUGUGAAAGCCUUGAGUGACCCAUUGUUAUUGGAGAAAGUUAGUACAUUUGUGAAUGAUGCUUGUCAUAUCCUUCCUUCAGAUAUACAAGUAAAGUGUGUUGAGAUGUUAGAGACAAACAUCAAUCAAGCUAUUGUGUUUCUUAAAGACUACUUCAGUGAAGAAAAUCUAUGCAACAGUACAGGGUUGUGCCCUUCAAAUGCCAAUACCCUUCCAAUGUUAAGCUUUGGCAAGAAUCUACAGUUAUAUCUAGACCGUGAGUUAUUGAGUAAGCCUGCAGUAAACACCAGGCUUCUGCCUAAAGAGCAGAUUUCCUCCUCUAUGUUACAGAAGUUCACUAAUAAGAUGUCAGAUGACAAAAGCUGUGAUGCAUGUCAUACUGCUAUAAAAGAUAUACGUAAUGAUUUGAAGGACCCCAAGAUGAAGAUAAAGGUAAUGAGGAUUCUUCUCAAGGCUUGCGAAAAUGUUGAUAACAACAUAAAAGAAUGCAAAAGAAUGGUUCUGAAAUAUGGUCCUCUGAUUUUGGAAAAUCUUGAGAAAUACCUGAACACCAAUGACUUGUGCAGCAUGGCUCAUAUUUGCAAACCCUUGACUGGCAACAAUCUCAAGAUCGUAGAAAGUUUUCGCCCACUUAUAGAGUUGCCAACCAGCUCCAAGAAUGAUGCGCUUUCCAAAUGAAUUCUCACUGCUUUUGCCACAAUGGCAUGUUGCCAUGAAGGAUGAAUGUUAUAAGGAUAAACAUGUCAUAUAGACAGUGAUUGUUAUUCACGCUAAGCAGUCACUUCCUAUACUUUCUCAAAGUACCCCGUGUGAGUGGCUUAAGGUAUGCUUAGUGGGAGUUGAACUUAGAACGUCCGAAUUUACGGCUCGUAUCAAGUUCGUUGCUCACCAACUACGCUACCCUUUUAGGUUUGAGAGUAUUAUCUUUGUCAAGGUGAAAUAUAAGGAUGUACACCUCUUAUGAUAGUAGCAUCUUCAAAUAUCAAGUAUUCAAGUGUGAA